AAGGACGGAAGUCUAACCAGCUCUGUCGCUAGUGGAGGUCGCGUUCUUCUCUGGCUCCCUUUCGUUCUCUCCGGCGUAGCUUUGUGUGAGCACCGCUUCAUUUGUCUGUGCCACCGUUUCUCUUUUGGGUUUCAAUAAAGUUUUCUUCCCUUGUACAGAGCUCAAGAUGGCGGCCUCCUGGUCUCCCUUGGUUACCCUGCGCUUAGUGCAGAGCCGGCUGAGAGGGAGAUGUGUUGGGUGCGGGGCCUGGGCUGCUGCUCUCGCCCCUCCGGCUACCGCCCCAGGAAACACCUUUUGGAAAGCCUAUACAGUUCAGACACCUGAGAUUACAUCUCUAACUGCGGCUACAGACGUUUAUUCAAAAGCUUUGGCUGUUUGCCAUGGACCACUGGACCACUAUAACUUUCUGAUCAAAGCUCAUGAGCUAAAGGAUGAUGAGAAUCAAAGAAGAGUCAUACAGUGUUUGCAGAAAUUACAUGAGGACCUUAAAGGAUACAGUAUAGAGACGGGAGGCCUUAUUUCAAAGCUUUUUUCAAGGAGCAGACCUCCAAGAGGCCUAUAUGUUUAUGGAGACGUUGGUACAGGGAAAACAAUGGUGAUGGACAUGUUUUAUGCUUAUGUGGAGAUGAAGAGGAAGAAACGGGUUCAUUUUCAUGGGUUCAUGCUAGAUGUUCAUAAAAGAAUACACCGCCUUAAACAGAGUUUGCCAAAAAGAAAACCAGGAUUCAUGGCUAAAUCAUAUGAUCCAAUAGCUCCCAUAGCUGAAGAGAUCAGUGAAGAAGCAUGUCUCUUAUGUUUUGAUGAAUUUCAGGUCACUGACAUUGCUGAUGCCAUGAUUCUGAAACAGCUUUUUGAAAAUCUGUUCAAAAAUGGGGUCGUCGUUGUGGCAACAUCCAACAGGCCACCGGAAGAUCUCUAUAAAAAUGGACUCCAAAGAGCUAACUUCGUACCCUUCAUUGCUGUCCUAAAGAAAUACUGUAGUACGGUCCAGCUAGAUUCUGGGAUUGACUACCGGAAAAGGGAGCUUCCUGCUGCAGGAAAACUCUACUAUCUCACAAGUGAAGCUGAUGUGGAGGCUGUCAUGGAUAAGUUGUUUGAUGAGCUGGCUCAGAAACAAAAUGAUUUAACUAGACCAAGGAUUCUAAAAGUGCAAGGCAGAGAGCUGCGGCUGCAUAAAGCGUGUGGAACUGUCGCCGACUGCACAUUUGAAGAGCUGUGUGAGAGACCACUUGGAGCCAGUGACUAUCUGGAACUGUCAAAGAAUUUUGAUACGGUAUUCCUACGAAACAUUCCACAAUUUACGCUUGCAAAGAGGACGCAAGCUCGAAGAUUCAUAACCCUCAUUGAUAACUUCUAUGAUUUCAAGGUGCGUGUCAUUUGCUCAGCAUCGACUCCUAUAGCAAGCUUAUUUUUGCAUCAACAUCAUGACAGUGACUUGGAGCAAAGCAGAAUACUGAUGGAUGAUUUGGGGCUGAGCCAGGACUCAGCAGAAGGACUCUCUAUGUUCACUGGAGAAGAGGAGGUCUUUGCAUUUCAGCGCACGCUUUCCCGACUCACCGAAAUGCAGACUGAGCAGUACUGGAAUGAGGGGGACAGAAGCAGGAAGUAACCAUUGCUUUGCGCCAAUAGAACUCUGGACACGUGAUUACGGCAGGGAGAACUCUUUUUUUAUGGGACUUGAAGGAAUCAUUUUUCUCAUCAUUAAUUAUGCACUUUGUCCUCUGGACCAUUUUUAUCUCAAAUUGCUCUCAAAGAUGGACUGGAUUAGUAAGUUAAAGCCGUUUUUAUAGGUUUACUUUUUGCCUAUUUAUUUGGCUUUAUUUCUGCACUACAAAAUUAAAAUCAUCACUUCUGAAUAUUAAGGUAGGACCAGACAUUUUGGCUUCAUAUGAAGCCACCUGCAUAACACACACACACACACGCACGCACACGCGCACGCGGUUAAAUGCAGUGUUGUUCUGGACAUCUCCAAGCUUUGGCUACAUGGUAGCCGCAUGAUACAAACAUGCCUUUUAUGAGAGGGAGAAAAACCCUACAUUUCAAUACAAAGCAGAGAAACUUUCUGAUGCUAUUAUAAACUAAAGAGAACAACAUUUUAGAAUAUGGUCUUAUCCACGUGAUUUUGGGGGGCCAUAAAUUAUACUAAAUCUCCUAGGCCUCAGGUUUCCUCACAAUUGAGACUCUGUCUUUUACCCUGAGAUCAAGCUUGGCAGGCAGGACCAGAUCUUCAGUGGACACAGAGUUGCCUGAAAAAAUUGAGGAUUAUGACACCAAUAGAAUAAGCAGCACGGGUGUCAAAUUCUAACCGACAGGCAGAGCCCACAAUCCUGACUGCCACUAGGAGGACAGAUCCCAGGAAAAGGGGCCAGUGAAAGCGAGUCAGGAGGAGACCGAGUCCUGGACGUACCAGCAGCAGAGUGGAUUCCAGUUCAUCUGAGGCCAGCAGGACCCCGGUGGACGGGAGCCUCCUUCCCAUGGCGCAGAUGCAUUUGCUGUGCUUGCAGAACCCCACCCUCCACCCUUGCCUCUGCUUCUGUGAUGAGAUGAAUUUAAUAGUAAAUAGGGAAGAACACUUGAUGAACCUACUUAAAUAAAAUCUGACUUGUCCUUCAUUGAGGCCAUUCCGUGAUUCAUUCAAGUACCACCUGACUUUGCUAACUCUUACCACAGAAGGUGCCUUAGUUCAGGCUGUUAUGAGAGUCUCAGUCCCUCUUCAAGAAAAAAAGAAAAAAGGAAAAAUGUGACAUCUUAUAAAGCGUUGUGAAAAUCACAUAUAUUUUGAGGGGGUAGGCCCAGUUAAAAUGAAAUGGUUACAGCU